UCGGUCUCCCGAGUUCACUGCGUGGCUUUUGAAUGGAACCAGCUUGGGCCAGAAGUAGCCAAAUACAUUCUGAAAUAUCAAUGAGGUCCGAAAGAGAGGCUGCAGGCUGGGAACUCUGCCAGAGUCCAUUGGCCGAUGAUGCAAACCCUUCUGCAACUUGAAACCAUUGUGAACAAGAACACCUCCCCUGCUCUGCUUGCGGAGAUUUGGCAGCCGCUCCUUCCUGAAGACUCGGGCAAGCUGAGAAACUUGACUCUGAAGCCCUGGUUACAGGAAGUGCGCUUGGUGGGGGGAAGAAAAAUCAAAUCGGCCGCUGCUUUUUGAAGGGAAAUUCACGUUGCAGAGUUGGUAACCAGUCACCUGGCGAAGCCCGAGCGCAGCAGCGCCAGGUGCUGGACACCUCUGGCAGGUCGAAGAUGAAGACCGUGGAAUUAUUGCUGGAGGUGUCACCUCUUCAGUGGCUCCGACACUUCACUCCGCAAACCUUCCUGCUUUUCUUGGCGGUGUUUUUAACGGUGUGGUUUGCGAUGAGAGCGAGGAGACCGAGGGGACUGCCCCCAGGGCCAUCCAGCUGGUCAUUUCUUCAGAACAUUGUUGUCAGGACCCGGGCGCCCCAAGUUUCGCUAACUCAGCUUUCUAAGAAGUACGGGAAUAUUUUUACUAGCUACUACUUUGGGGUGAACAUGAUUGUCAUCAAUGGGCUUCAAGUCAUUCAAGAGGCCCUUGUCCAACAGAGUCGAGAAUUUGCUGGAAGGCCACAGAUCCCUCUAAUUGAUGACAUGACGAAAGGUCAAGGCAUUAUCAUGGCACCCUAUGGAAAGUCUUGGAAGCAGCAACGGAGAUUUACACUGACUGUUCUCAGGAACUUCGGUUUAGGCAAAAUUGCAUUUGAGGAGAAAAUUCUGGAAGAAGCCCAGUGUUUGACUGAAAUCUUUAAAGCAUCAAUUGGUCAACCCUUUAAUCCCAAUUCUAGAAUCACCAGCGCCGUGUCCAAUGUGAUUUGCUCAGUUGUCCUUGGGAAGCGUUUCCAUUAUGAAGACACGAUAUUCACACGACUGGUAGGACUCAUUGACGAGAACAUGAAAAUUCAGGCAACAAUAUGGCCGCUGGUGUGUUUCAUAGUUCCCUUCAUUCGUUACUUACCAGGGCCUCUUCAGAGGAUGUUUAAAAACCAGGCCCAAGUCGAAGCCAUACUUCAGGAUUUCAUCAACCAGCACAAAGACACACUGAAUGGUGAAGAGAUCCGGGAUUUUAUUGAUGCCUAUUUACUGGAAAUGGAAAGGGAACAGAACUCUCCUGACUCUUGCUUGACUGAGGGAAACCUGCUGCAAAACAUUAACGACCUGUUCAUCGCUGGCACUGAAACUACAGCAACUACUUUGCAAUGGGCCAUUCUAUACAUGAUGGCUUAUCCAAAUAUACAAGAAAGGUGUCAGAAGGAGAUCGACAAGGUGAUUGGCUGGUCUCGUGCCCCAUCCAUGGGAGAUGCACCCAACAUGCCAUAUGUCAACGCUGUUAUUCAUGAGACUCAAAGAUACGCAAAUGUAGUACCGCUUGCAGCAGGCCAUGCAACAACACAGGACACAAGCUUCAGGGGAUACACAAUUAAAAAGGGAACCUUUAUCUUAAUAAACAUGCAAUCCAUUUUGUCUGAGGAGACGCAGUGGAAGGACCCAGAACAAUUUAAUCCAGAGAACUUCCUGAAUGAAAAUGGGGAAUUCUUUAAGCCAGAUGCAUUUAUUCCAUUUUCAGUGGGUCUGCGAGCAUGCCCGGGAGAAAAACUGGCCAGAAUGGAGCUCUUUCUGUUUUUCACUUCUCUCCUUCAGAAUUUUGAGUUUUACUGGCCCGACAAAAAGUCUUCUCCAAACCUGCAAGGCACAUCCACAACCCAGGGCCUCCAAUCAAGUAAACAGCUGAAGGCACUGAAUAUCGGCUGUAGCGCUGAAGACUUGCGUUCCAGAAAUAAUCGCAGCCCUAGCCAAGCUGCUCCAGUGCCGCUGCGAUGCUGGCAUUCUCCAGACAAUGUGAAAAAGUAUCCAGGCAAUGUCCAGUGCACAUUAUCAACCAACAUCUCGAUAUAUAUCCUGGUCUAUGAAGCAGGAUUCUUGGAAUUCUCACAGAUUCUCGAAGAAGCUUUGAGUAUUCCUCAGCGGACAAAGGAAAAAUAUUCUCUGCUUUGCACUGGGCUUGUGAUCACUUCAGGUGCUGCAGCAGGACUUAAGGAAGCAUCGAGUGCAGAAUUUCACGAUGUCAGCCCACCAAGAAUGGUCUGGAGACUCCAGGAGUUGAAGAUUAAUCUCCUGGAUACUGGUUGCGAACAGAACCCAAGGGAAAAAUCACGUUGGACACUUAAAGGAUGA